AUGGUCAUCCAGGAGGUCCUUGGUGCGGAGGGCUUCGAGGGCCUCGUCUAUGUCAACGGUGAGCUGGCUGUGAGAUAUGCGCUGCCUUCCGCGGCUGUGGGAUCCAUCAGCUCCGACGCUGCGCAGCCUUUUCCGUGGAUUUUGGGGGCGCGGGUGCAGGAGAUCGGAGGCGAGUGGCAGGCUGGCGACCGCCCCUAUGGUGGGAUUCUCGAUGAGCUGCGCUGGUGGAGCACCAACCGGAGCCAGGAGCAGAUACGGGAGACCAUGUUCCAGAUGAACUUGCACAGUCUCCAAGGCUCCCAACCUGAGUUCGAGCAGCUGCAGGCCUGGAGCUUCGAUGAUCCGUCCACCGCAGGCAGUGCUUUCUCCAGCUUUUCCCUGGGCUCCGGAAACCGCUUCCGAUCGCCCGUGUAUAUACCGUCUCCCUUCCAGGGCCUCGGGAGCCCGUCGGUGUUGGAGGCCAUCCUCGGCAGUGGUUGGCAGAGCCUCGACAUCUGCGCCGCAUCUCUGGAUGGCCAGAGCUACGACCACGGCAAGGCCGUGUUCUCGGAGUCCCUGGCUCAUGGGCUGCUGAGAGCUGAGCCCGAAACGGUGGCCGAUGGGGAGAACGGGGAGCUUGCCAUCAACCUGACGAGCAACCAGAGUUCCACCCAGCUGUGCGGCCGCAUCUUCUUCUGGCCUCGGUCGCCAGGCUUUGAAGUGGUUGCCUUUGAGGUGCAGGCCGUUGCAGGCAGCAGCCGGUGGCUGGCAAAUGGCACGCUCCAUGUCAACGUCAAGGAGAACCGUCCGCCGGUGGCUGGUACAGCAAUGGCUUUGAAGACCGAUGGCAAGGAAGGCUAUGCGCUUUUGGCCGGACAACACAUUCCCGAUGAGUUCACAGUGGCUUUCUGGAUUAAGCCAGAUGCCGUGACUGAUGACUCCUAUAUUCUGUCCAGACACUUGGUGAGCGGCAGCAAUGUCUUCAUGUUUGGGUUUUGGAGCUUCAGCUACUAUUUUUCUUUGCGGUGCUAUCAGAGCUGCAACGGCGGCCAGUUGGCCGUCGGGCGUGCUUUCAUUCCGGGUGGAGAAGCGGGGGAUAUGGUGAUGGACACCGGGGAGACGGUGGCGCAGGUCCGCGAAGGCCGUAUCCAACCUCACCACGUGACCUUGACCUUCCGGUGCAUCUCCCGGGGCAACGCGACGCACCCAGCGCAGGCAAGAGUCACCUUCUUCCGAAACGGCCAGCUGCUGUACGACUCCAGCGACUUCGGGGCUUGCCCUGACCUGGAGUCGGCGUAUAGUGACGACCUUCAGCCUACAGACGGCCGCCUGGCACCCUUGACGCCCUGGGAAGUUGGCUCGGAGUAUGACUCCGGGCCGUGGGACGCCCAUCUCCCUGGGAUGGCCGUGCUGCCCAGCAAUUUCAUGCGCGCGGCCUUCGAUGACAUCCGCCUCUACUCCGUCGAGUUGAUUCCGACGGAGAUCAGCCGCAUCCUUGCCUCAGACUUUGUGGACAGAGACAGCGCCCUAUUGUUCCACUAUACGUUUGAUACCGAUGAUGAAAGGUCUUGCAGGUACCGGCAGCUCCUGAGCACCAAUGCUGCUUCCUUCUCAUGUUUCAUGUUAAAUGAUCGGGGAGACCGUGUGGACGGCGAGUUCCUGCAGCGCUUCCCAUACAUGAACUCCGUCAUUGGGCCAGUUCAGCACAUACCCUCACCGUUCCAAUCGAGGGGAGCUGACAUUCACCACUCGAUGCAGGAGCUGACCUGUGCCGAAGUUCCGUUGCGAGCUUCUGAUGUGGAUGGUGAUCUCCUCACUUUCCACUUGGUGCAUCCUGAGACGGGUGCAACUCUGGUUUCCCAAAACACAGCCACCCCGUCUGUGAGAUUCUGUGACACCGUUGGCACCCGCAGAGACGUGGAGGUCGUUUUCGAUGUUUGCGAUGCGCCGGGCCUCUGUGCCUCUCAGUUUACUGGCCUUGGCAAAGUAAUCGUCCAUGUUUUCGCAAAGGGUCCUCAAGUUCUAGCCUUCCAACAUCUCCCUGACACAGCACAGCUCCGUCUGGUGUUCUCAGAGCCAACGAACAUGGCACCAGUGACUGGGGACCAUCUCAUGGAGCUUCUGGUGUUUACCGGCUCGCCGCCCCUGCUGGCAUCUGACGUGUUGGAUUCCGUGUGGGAGCAGGGCGGGCAAGGGCUUCGACUCCUCCUGAGGUCGGAGACCUCUGCCAACCUCUCAGAAGCCCGAGGCCGUGGAGCCGCAAGCAUGGUCGUGGACUUGAAGGCCGAAGGGUACCUGCGGGAUCGCAAUGAGACGACCUUCUUCACGUACGGCACAGGUCCCCCACUCCAGGAAGUGCGAUGCCUUCCGGGCACGGCGCUCUUGCCUGGGGAGCGAGAUUGUAGAGGCUGUGGCCUUGGGUUCUUCCUAGACCCGGAGGAACCCGAUGGCCAGUGCAAGCCCUGCAGGCCUGGCUACUUUGCAGCAACCGGGGCGGUCCAAGAGUGCUUGCCCUGUGCCAGAGGCACUUGGCAGAGUGCAGCAGGAAGCUCCCUCUGCCACAACUGCACCAGCUUCAUCUUGGGAAGCACCACCUCGGAGAUGGCCAGCACAUACGCGGCAGCGUGCGUGUGCCCGGAGAAGACAGCACUCAUUCAGGGAGACAGGGGAGGCCCCGAGUGCAGCGCCUGCGGCGAAGGGCUGGAGUGCCCUGAAGGUGUGGGCGUGCCAUUCCAGUCCCGGGGCUUCUUUGCAAGAGAGGUUCUUCUCAAUUCCUCCGAUUCCUCCGAUUCCCCUGUCCUUGUUGCCAUGCCUCGGCUCGUGAAGUGCGCUGUGGGGAAGUGCCUGGGAGGUUUGGAGCUCGGCACCUGCCCUCUGCUGCAAGACGGCCUUGCCUGCAGCCAUUGCGUGAGGGGCCACAAGUGGGAUGGACAGCAAUGUGCGGAAUGCAGCGCUCACAACAAUUUGGCACUGAUGGGGUUGGGAAUGGUUUGCCUCAUCCUCAGUGUCGGGCUGGCCAGGAGGAUUACGCAGCAGCCCGUCUUCAGUCAGACCACUGAGACCCUGGCUGCCUACGUGACAAUCCUUGCCAACAUGAUGCAAGCACUGGGGGCCGUGGCUGAUCUGCCUUUGCAGCUUGAGCAGGACUCGCUUUGGGCUGUUCUUGAGUUGUUGAAGUGGUUUAGCCUCAGUGCUGACAUUCUGGAUCUGUCGUGUGUCUAUAGCGGUGGCGCGUCCAUGUCGUACCUUUUUGCCGUGCUGGUUCAGCCGGCCAUGAUCACGUUGGUGGUCGUGACUUCCUACCUGCGGGCUCUGCUGGUCAAGAUUAAUUGGGCACUGGUGUUCUCCAAUGUGGGGACCUUGAUGCUUCUUCUGUUUCUCUCCUCGGCUCGGCUAGCAUUGUUGCCCUUGCAGUGUGCCGACAACCCUGAUGGCAGUAGCUCUGUACUCACGUACCGAAGCACGCUGUGCUGGGAAUCUGGUGAACAUGUGGCCAUGGUCGCCUCGUCCUUUGCCAGCGCCCUGUUCUUCAUUGCUGGGCCCGUGUCUGCUGUUGCGUGGGCUGUCAGGGUGUACCCGCAGCGGUUGCAGAGACCCGGCGGUGUGCAGUUCAUGCUGGCUUGGCGCUUUGCAUUCGACCGCUUCUCAGCCGAGUGCUAUGGCUACUCCGUGAUUUUCUUGCUGCGAAACUUGAUGGUGGCAGCAAUACCCAUGAUUUUCGUGAACUCGCCCCGGGCCAUGGUCUUUCUGCUCAACCUUGUGCUGGUCUGUGGGAUGGCAGUCCAGGUGAGGCUCUUCCCAUGGAGGAACUACUACGCAAACUUCGUCGAUGCUGCAGGCCUCAUCUCCAUCACCUGCGUCUUGCUGACCUCGGCCAUGCUCCUGGUUUCCGGAACCCUGCAGGUGCUGCAAUUGUGGCUGCUUCUGCAGCUGGCCUUGGUUCCCAUCGCCAUGGCCUUUGCGUGUUUUGGCCAGCUGCUGGCGGUGCUGCGGUCGCGCAGGUUCUACCACAUCUUCCUCAGCCACCACAAAGGUGGUGCCGCAUGUCUGGCCAGGUGGUUCAAGACCAGUAUGCUGGACCAGGGUGCACUGCAGAUUUUCCUGGAUUCCGACGACCUGCUCAACCUGGACACGCUUUUCGACACUGUCUCGCAGCGAACGCAAAAUCUGGUGUUGCUGCUGACGCGUGAGAUCCUACAGAGGCCAUGGUGUGUAGGAGAAAUUGUUUGUUCGAUGCGGGCAAAGGUCCACAUGGUUUGCGUCCAGUGCGAUGACUUUGAAGCACGGGCCAAUAUGUUCGAGGAGCUGGAGCAAGUCUGGACAGAAUCUGAGAAGAACCUGCUGGCCAACAGUGGGAUUCCAAUGUCGGCUAUCCGCGCGGCCUUGCAGCAUGUCGACGCGCUUCCGAAGCUUCACUUGAAUCGCCGCGCCCACGAGUCCGAGCAGCUCGAGGUCGUUGCCACCACUUUGGACAGGUGCAAUCUGAAGCUCAUGCGGGUGGUGCUCAGGAACGCCGUGCAGCGAAAGACCACCCGUGCCAGCGACGAGACGCCCAUCGUCGUCCUGAAGUCCGACAGCCCGGAGGCUGUAACCUGCUCCUUCUUAGUCCGGAGGAGGUUGAUGGCACUGAUGGUCACCAACGUGGAGGUUCUCAUGCCAGGGGACGACGAGGAGGAUUCCCCCGAUGAGGUUCUACGGCAGUUCACCCCGAAGUUGUACCAGAACCUCCGCUGUAUUGUGGUGCUGCUGACGCCAGGUGUUCUUUCCGACGUCUUCAUCGCCCGCGCCCUGGUGACCGGGCUCCUGAACUUCCCCGACUGCAACAUGGUACCGAUCCUGGUGGACACGAGGUUCGAGUUCCCGGAUGCCGCUUUCUGGCACCGGCUGCUCUCCGGAUCCCUCUUUCCUCCAAGCCAGCUCGGGGGCCACACGCUCGACGACGUCCAGGCUGCCUAUAAGCGGCUGACCUCUAUGAUUGCCUUCCGCUUCUCUGCUGCCGCCUCGGAAGCGCUGCAGCAGUCCGAGCUGCAGGAGACGAGCCGCAAGCUGGAGAACAUGAUGCAAACCGGGGCGGCGAGGAGGAGUUCGACAUUGUCGAAGGGCUCGGUCCUCUCAAAAGGAGACUCCCAUCUCUUGAGCUUGGUUCCGGUCGCGGCUCAAGAGGACGACACGGAAGACCCUGUCGCGGACUCUGACACAAGGGUCUCCCUUUAG